AUGGGACCCAGAGAUUUGAGAGCCAAAGGAUCAUUUUCAACUGUUUUCGAGAGUACCAUUCUAGAUUGGGACCUGCAGCUGCAUAAACAAUUCGGUGGUCGUAUUCCCAAUUUUCGCGAUUCCUCGUACGUAAUCAGUUUGAAUGGAACAGGAGCUCGAGAUCUUUAUCCACCAGUUCACAGUAUCAGUUUCAAAUUAAAUGUGCUGGAUUCAGAAGGAAAUAAUUUCAAAUCAUUGAAAUAUUUCAUCGACGGAACUACACUUUCCCAUCCAAGAAGGGGAAGAAUCGAUCAUAAAUCGUAUUCCACUGAAGCGAAUACUUCUUUUGAGAGAUCUUUGUCUACUCUGAUCGCUGCUAAUCAGAAAAAAGAGCACACAAUGCACUUGGAAACCAGAAUGGAAUUCAAAAAUUAUGAAUUCGUAGAUUUCAAGUAUUUGGUUGGAGAAGGAGCGCCGAAUGUUUCAGAUAAACGGGAAUACUACUUCGAUGCUCUCACAAACAGAAGCCGUCAUGAUCUGAAACUGCAGACUUCCGAUGGAAGUCAGUAUCUGAUGACAAACAAGGAAAUCAUCUGUCUUGCUUCUUCAUUCUUCCGUCAACAUUUGAAAGAGCAGACAAUCGAAUACACAGUUGGAGUGGCUGAUUCAUUAGAAAGCAUUGAUAUUUGUCUGACAUAUUUAGUUACUGGAAGAUACAAAAAACCAAAAGAAUUGACACCCAAACUUGCUGCCGAAACCAUGACAUUGGCUACACAGUGGAAAGCAUUUGAGCAUAAAAUACUGAAGAAUUCGCUCGAAAAACAUUGUUAUGAAGAACUUGUCAAGAAUCGCGAAGACUUCAUGUAUGUGGUCAAUCUGUUGAUCGUGGCUGAAGACGCGCAGUUUUCAAAUGUUCAAAACUGUUGUGUGGCUACUAUAAACUUCUACCACUUUCACGAUUUUGUGAGAAACUUUGUCUAUGGAAGUCAUCCAUUGAAAGAUCGAUUGACACGACGACGGGAAUUCAUGAGACCAUCGUUGGCAAUGCAAGUCAAAAGAGCGUUUGCUGCAUCAAAUGAGGCGACAAGAUUCAUUAAAUAUCUUCCUGCUUUGGGCGAGGAUUAA